AUGGUUAAGUCAUACUUAAAGUAUGAGCAUUCCAAUUCCUUUGGUCUAGUAACUUCCAGUACAUCGAAUAUUCUUUGGACCCAGCAGAAUCACUCUAGCACCGGUGCUGGCCAAGCAGUUGUCGCAGCAAAUGAAGAGCUCUUAUGCUGGGAUAUAAAAACUGGAGAUAUUCUUGAACGGUGGAAAGAUGAAAAGUCAUCCGCCCAAGUAACUGCCAUUGCGCAGAGUAAGCUCAAUGACGAUCUAUUUGCAGCCGGCUAUGAGGAUGGUAGUGUCCGAUUAUGGCGGAGCAAAGACCCGAGCCCUUUCAUCACCUUCAAUGGACAUCGAUCAGCCAUUACAGUCUUAGCAUUCGACCGAUCCGGCGUCCGACUCGCGAGCGGCUCGAAAGACACCAACGUCAUCGUUUGGGAUCUAGUGGCAGAAGUAGGCCAAUUCAAGUUAAGGGGACACAAGGACCAAAUCACAGGGCUACAGUUCGUGGAACCUCAGGAGGAGAUUGCGGAAGAGGAAGAUUCCCAAGCGAUGGUUCUCGAUGGCACAGGUGAUUCUUCGUCAGAGGGUUUCCUGCUUACUACAGGAAAGGAUGCGUUGAUCAAACUCUGGGAUCUGGGAUCGAGACAUUGCAUCGAAACACAUAUCGCGCAAACGAACGGUGAAUGUUGGGCACUGGGGCUCUCACCAGAUUACACCGGAUGUAUAACCGCGGGAAAUGCUGGCGAACUCAAGGUCUGGGGCCUCGAUGCUACGACACUAGCCGCGUCAAGGCGACAAGUCGACAUACCUGCCAACAUACAAUAUUUACAAGACCGAGGAACUUUAUUUCGACAUGGAAAAGACAAGGCUACCGAAGUCGUCUUCCACCCUCGCCGAGAUUACUUCGCCGUACACGGAUCAGAGAAGUCUGUCGAAAUAUGGAGAAUACGUAGUGAAGCUGAAAUUAAGAAGAGCUUAGCUAGAAAGAAGAAGAGAAGACGGGAGAAGCUUGCGCAAAAGAAAGGAAAUAAAAACGGCGACACUAAUCUAGACGAAGAGGAUGAGCAAGACGAAGAUCCUAGCAGUGCAGAUGUAAAUGAUGCUUUCGCUCAGCAUCUAAUCAUCCGGACAGGUGGAAAAGUCAAAUCGGUAGAUUGGACCGAUACCCGCAGUAAAAAGAAACUUGAGCUGCUGGUUAGUGCGACGAACAACCAGCUAGAACUAUUCAGUAUACCAUUGAAGGAGAAGAAGUCAAAGCAAGAAGACGUCCCCGAUUACGAGAGAUCCUUAUCCGUCGAAAUUCCAGGUCAUCGAGCGGAUAUUCGAUCAUUAGCCCUGAGUUCGGACGACAAGUGGCUAGCUUCAGCCUCCAAUGGAAGUCUGAAGAUAUGGUCAAUGCUAACACAGAAAUGCGGCAAAACUCUGGAGUGUGGCUAUGCGCUAUGCUGUGCGUUCUUACCUGGAGAUAAGCUUGUUGUCAUCGGUACAAAAAGUGGUGAAAUCGAGUUGUUUGAAGUGGCCACGGGCGCUCUGCUCGAUAGUGUAAGCGCUCACGAAGGCGCUAUCUGGUCAUUACAGGUUCACCCUGAUGGCAGGUCGAUAGUGUCUGGAAGCGCAGACAAAUCAGCCAAAUUCUGGAAGGUUCAGGUUGUCCAAGAGGAAGUUCUCGGCACAACUCGGACUACACAGCGUCUAAAAUUGUCGCAUUCGCGAACACUCAAAGUCGCCGACGAUAUUUUGAGUCUCAAGUUCUCGCCCGAUGCGAAGCUCUUGGCUGUUGCUUUAUUAGACAGCACGGUCAAGGUUUUCUUCGUGGACUCGCUUAAGCUCUAUCUCAACCUCUAUGGUCAUAAGCUACCCGUAUUAGAUAUGGAUAUCUCAUACGAUAGUAAGCUGAUCGUGACAUGUUCAGCAGACAAGAACGUUAAGAUAUGGGGUCUGGAUUUUGGUGAUUGCCACAAAUCCUUACUAGGGCACCAAGACAGUAUCCUCCAAGUCAAAUUCCUCCCAAAUAACCGAGAAGGCAACGGCCACCAUUUCUUCAGCGCCAGCAAAGAUCGGACGAUCAAGUAUUGGGACGGUGACAAAUUUGAGCAAAUACAACGGCUUGAUGGUCACCACGGGGAAAUAUGGGCUCUUGCGAUCAGUCAAAGUAGCGAACCUCCCUUUAUCGUUAGCGCUAGUCACGACAAAAGCAUACGAAUCUGGGAGGAGACAGAUGAGCAAAUCUUCCUUGAGGAAGAAAGGGAAAAGGAGAUCGAAGAAUUGUAUGAAAGCACAUUAACGCAGUCCCUAGAGCAAGAUGCCGACGAGGACGGCGAAAACGGAGAGAUCGGGGCUGCGACAAAGCAAACCUCGGAAACACUGAACCAUGGAGAGCGAAUAGCGGAAGCCUUAGAAUUGGGCAUGGCUGAUUUGCAUGUCAUGCGGGAAUGGGAAGAAGCCAAGGCAUCCAACCCAAAUAUUGCUCCACCUCAGCGCGACACGAUGUUCUUAGCGCAUGGUGGAAUCAGUGCUGAGGAGUACGUGAUGAAGAUCCUCCAAAAGCCGGCAGCCUCGGCGCUGAACGAUGCGCUUCUUGUCCUUCCAUUCGCCUCGGUCCCCAUGCUCUUCACCUUCCUCAACCUCUUUGCUAUGAGAUCGAUGAACAUUCCUUUAACAUGUAAGAUUCUAUUCUUCAUGUUAAAAACUCACCACCGCCAAAUAGUAGCGAGCAGGACGAUGCGAGUUAUGCUGGAUGGCAUCAGGUCAAACCUACGGAGAGCUCUUCAAAAACAGAAAGAUGAGAUGGGAUACAACAUAGCUGCCCUUAAGAUAGCGGGGAUGCAAAUCCAGGAUAAGGGAAUCAAGGAGUAUGUGGACGAGAACUGGGAUGACGGAUCUGAUGCUCAAAACGUUAAGAAACGAGCAUUCGUACAUGUGUCAUGAUAGGGUUAGACGAUACUAGGUGUUGAAUACAGCACAGUAAAUAUUCUACAAAAAUAGAAACCGGUAUAUACGAG